AUGGAGACUUACAUCGAUGACAUGGUCGUCAAAAGCAAACGUGAGGCCGACCACUUGACCGACCUAGCAGAGAUGUUCGCCAUUCUUAAACAACACAAGCUGCGUCUGAAUGUGUCAAAAUAUGCCUUCGGCGUAGGCUUAGAGAAAUUCAUGGGUUUUCUGGUCACCAACCGAGGCAUUGAGGCGAACCCCUUCCAAAUCAAAGCCAUACAGGAAUUGAAGCUACCCAACUUAGCAAAGGACAUGCUACAUCUUGCCGAUAUGACAGCCGCGCUUGACCGAUUUAUAAGCCAAUCAUCAGAUCGUUGCCGUCCUUUUUUCCAAGCCUUGAAGUCUAAGUUUUUAUGGAACGAAGAAUGUGAUAAAGCCUUGGCUGAGCUAAAGACAUAUUUGUCUUCUGCCCCACUCUUGGUCACGCCAAAGCACGACAAAGAACUCUACCUUUACCUGGCUGUUUCUCAAUAUGCUGUUACCGCGGUUCUCGUCCGGGUAGAAGGCACCCAACAUUUACCGAUCUUCUACCCUGGCAAUGCGACGUUGAAUUUGGAAAUAACAAGUCAACCUAUUGGAUCCAGCACCACAUCACCAAGAGGGGAUGGAGGCCCAUUUGUUGCAAUCGUUAACGGCACGCUUGCAGCAGAAAUAACCGAGCAGCCGAGCAACCAUGAUCACCUAAACCUUCAAACAUCCCAGUAUCCCUCAGAAUGCUGGAAACUUUUCAUUGGCGAAAUGUGGAAACUUUUUGUGGAUGGCGCCUCAUACCGGCAUGGAGCCGGGCUAGGCGUAGUUUUGAUCUCGUUAGACGGACUAACUAUCGAACAUUCCAUCACGUUCGGGUUUCUAGCAUCAAACAGCGAGGCUGAGUAUGAAGCACUGCUAGCCGGACUGAAAAUCGCGCUCCAAUUGCGAGCAUCCGAGCUAAUGGUCUAUAGCAACUCUCAACUCAUUGUAAACCAAGUAUCUAGAGAAUAUGAAGCCAAAGAUGACAGGAUGGCCAAAUACCAAACUCUGGUGAGAGAACAAAUCAAAAAGUUUCAAGCCAUAAAAGUUCAACAAAUUAGCCGAGAAGAUAACACCGGGGCAGACAAGUUAGCCUGUUUGGCUUCCAUAUCCGACAAAUCAACCCCCGGCCCUCUCUUGAUUGAAUUCCUCCAAGGCCCAGCAUUGAAGACUCACACUAGAUAG